UUCAGACUGCUGUCUAUAAGUUACAGUGCUGAGUGUCACUAUAUAUUUAUUUACCCAGUUAAUGUAUUACGCAGCUGUACGGUAUAUUGAGUUUGAAGAACUAUUGAAAAACCAGAAUGAGUUAGCAAAAGUACUGUAAAUGAAGCUACGUUAAUUCGCUAGUGUACCGUCAAAGGUAAUGGUACUGAAGGAGAUCAAAGAUGGGAGAUAAUAAGGGCUUAUUAGUCACAGAUUUAGUUGACCAUAAAUACUCAAGAUUAACUGAUAUUACUGAAGAUAAAUAUGUCAGACCCCCUGCUUAUGCAGAAACCAUUGAAGUGUAACAUCUGAAGCUGUCACAACAGGCGACAGAAAUGAAUGCCUUAUGGAGGAGAGGCUGUUAAAAAGGAAGUCCACCUCGUUAUAAAGAAUAUCUACAGUGCAAUAAUAUUCCAGGAUCAAGGUUCAGUUAUUCAGAUCAAAUUAGAAUCAGUGGUAGAUGGAUGUCAGACUGAAACUGUGAAGAAUGAAUCACCACUAGAGGACAGUGGGGCUUACAAAACAAAUGAGGUGGAUGUUGGAGGUAUGUCAGAAGCUGUCAGGGUUAUUUUGAAAUCAGAAGCAAGCAAGUAUGGAGAACUGAAAUGUGAUUUGAAACCUGGAGAGUUUAUUAAUAUUGAAGCUGGUGAAGAGGCACUUAGCAGUGGUGUCACAAGUUACCAGAUUGAUUACUCAAAUAUAAAAAGUUUUGUCCUCUGCGAAACCUAUUAUAUUUUAUCAUUUGGAAAUAUUAGCCUAAAAUGCACAAAAGUAAACAAAAAAGUUUUUGUAAAGCCUUUUGAAUGCAGUACACUUGGCCUUGGUGACAAAGAAGCUCUAGCCAAUAUUCAAAACUUCAUAAAUAGCAAUGAGUGCAUUCGACGUUUAGCAGUUGUAGAGAAAUUGGAUUCUACUAACAUAUCAGAGUUCAUAGCUGAGGAACCAAGACUAACUCGUAUGUCUGAUGAAUAUGUUAGGUUGGUAUGUACCUAUGAGGGUGGUCGAACCACAUCACAAAGGUUUUCCCUGGAACAGAGCUCGGUAUCAAAGAUCCGGUUACUCGUAAAGCAGUUCAAGAAUUUAUUGAUAGUGAAGAAGGAAGGAACUGGAUCAUGAAAGGCUUUAAAAGA